AUGACAGAACAAAACGACGUCAACGAGCUUGUUCCAGACCUUUCGAAUCUCACGCUCAACAACAGCUUCAGCACACAGUCUGACGCCGCAUCCCACGAGCUUCCAGCAACGAUUCACCACCCAGUCGUCCUCACAGCACCUACAAAUCCGCACACGGCACUACAAGAACUUGUCAAGGUCGACGACGAGCUGAGGCUAUGGCUCGACCACACGGGGUUCUUUGACCUUGCCCACCGGAAGCGAGUGCUCGACGGCGUGAGAGAACUGCAGGGCCUGGAAGCAGAAAGGGCCAAAGUCCUCGAAAAGAUUCAAAGCAGCAAGCCAUCGGGGCAGCCCGUAUCUGACCCUUCUCUAUCCGCCAACUCGACCCCCACGCUGAAAAAGCUUCACUUCAGAGAAGACGCAGCGUACGGAAUCGCGAGUCCACCACGUGAGCCAGCUGCUCACGCGAGGAGCCGCCCAGACGUAAUGGUGCCUAUGAUGGGAGACACGGAACAGCUAUCUGGCAGACUUGGACCGAGAAGGAUAGACACCCGCUACUUUUUGGUCAAAUCGUCCAACACGACCAACGUUUAUAUGUCACGGAGAGAUGGCCUAUGGAUAACACAAGCCAAAAACGGCCCCCUCUUUACACAGGCUUUCCGAGAAUGCAGGUCCGUUGUGCUCUUCUUCUCGAUUAACAAGUCCAAGGCAUUCCAGGGAUACGCGAAAAUGACGUCCGCCCCUGACCACAGCAUCCCACACCCUCCGUGGAUCGUGAGCACCACAAACGACAUGCACACCACGGCCCCGUUCCGAAUCGAUUGGAUCAACGAGGCAGAAACGCCCUUUUCACAACUCGGCGAUCUCAAGAACCCGUACAACGAGUACAACCCCGUGUUUGUAGGCCGGGACGGCCAGGAAUACUCCGAGGACUGCGGGCGUUUCAUGAUGGGCGUCAUGGACCGCGUCAAGGCCGCGCAGGGGUCACACGCUCCCUGUGCCCCGACAGGUGCCCAUGCCAGCAGGCAAAAGAGCAAGGCCGAGGCGAGGAGGCGCUAUGCUGCGGCUGCUGGUCUGGCUUCUUCUGGGAGUCAGCCGCGUGAUGUUGGGCUGGGAGGAUCGAGGUGGAGGCCCCAGGCGCCCUCGCCAGUGUUCCUGAGCUUGGAUUCCGAGCCGGUGCACCAUGGAGAGGAGGAUCUGCUGCUGGCCUUGCCCUGA